AUGGCAGGCCAACAAAAGCAGCAGCUUAGUACUGUCGCGCAGCCACAAACAGUUCUUGAUCAGGUCCAAAGAGGACGUAAGCGUAAGAGCCACUGGGAUGAUGUCUCACAGCAGCCACAACCAGUUCUUCUUGUCGCGCAGCCACAAUCAGUUCCUGAUCAGGCGACUAUGCAUGCUUGGAGGUUGCAUGUCGCUAGGCUUCCUCCUACAACAAUUGUGUUAUCUGUAGCUUCAUAUUCUAAUGAUGCUAUGUUAACUAUUGGCGGAAACAUUGAUGGACGACAUGUUGUGAGUGUACAUUUGAAUUACAUGGGGAAAUAUGCCCUUGUGGAGACGUGA